UGUAAAGUUAUCACUGGCUAGAGUAUAAUGACCGUCCGCCGUAGGGGAGCAGAAUUUUUGCAUAAAAGCGAAUGAUCCCGAGCCAAUGCUUUGCAGUCCGCAGUGCAUCGUAACAGUGAUCGUGAUCUUGAAAGCAGAAGUCUUUGUACGUUUAAAGUAUGGCGGACAUAAAUACUCGCUUCCGUGGACUGCUCCAGCGACCGUACGAACCGACGUUUGUGCCGAAGAACAAUGGGCAACUGUACUACGACGUACCGGACAGUUACCUCACCGACCACUAUCGCCCGUUCGGAGCGGCACUGCAGAACCGUUUCGGUACGAACGCUCAGACGCGCAUUCCGCUGCCGAACAUUACCGCGCCGGAUCUGGCCUAUGCCGAUGUGGUGGGCCGUCGGGGUGGAUUUUCCGUGUUUCAACCGUCGCACCAGCGUGUGGCAGGCCAGCUGAUUGAGGAGUUCCUUAAUCAACCGAAUCCGGACGCACUCACCGCCAUUGCCGUGUACAUACGGGAUCGUGUGGUUGGCUUACUGGCGGGAGGAUAUCGGCGUGAAUCUGCACCACUGGCAUUGGCAUCUGGUGUAUCCGGCCCGUGGACCGGAUCGGAUCGUCGGGGCGAGCUGUUCUACUACAUGCACCAGCAGACGAUGGCACGGUACAACAUUGAGCGGUAUGCGAAUAGUUUGCCGCGGGUCGUGCCGUUUAGGAACUUGCGUGAGGCUAUCCCGGAGGCGUACUUUCCGAAAAUAACGCGUAGCUCUGAUGGACGGUCUUAUCCUGCCCGGCAUCCUAACGAAUCAUUGAGUGAUCUUAAACGAGUUGAGGAUGGAGUCAUUGUGUCGAUUGCGGAUAUGGAGCUGUGGACGUCGAGAAUUUUUGAAGCGAUCGAUAAUGGAUACGCUCAAUCGUCCACCGAUCAGCGCGUUCCACUGGACAAUGAUAAUGGAAUCGAUCUGCUAGGAAACAUGGUGGAGGCGAGCUCGCUCUCCGUCAACCUUCAGUACUACGGAGAUCUGCACAACAACGGGCACAACAUUCUGGCCUACAUCCACGAUCCGAACAACGCGUUCCUGGAGAGCUUCGGUGUCGUCGGAGACAAUACGACGGCUAUGCGCGAUCCGGUGUUCUACCGCUGGCAUCAGCACAUCGACGAUAUCUUCGUGCGCCACAAGCAACGACUUCCGGCAUACACUGGGCAAGAGCUAGCGUUCAACGAUGUGGCGGUGGACAAUUUUGAAAUUCAGCUUAACAAAGCGAACGCUCCCAUGAACAUACUGCUCACCUUCUGGCAACGGUCACAGGUGAACCUUGGCACGGGGCUAGACUUUGGUCCCGAGGGCAAUCUGUUUGCAACGUUCACGCACAUCCAGCACGCCCCGUUCAGUUACCGGAUCCGGGUGAACAAUCGGGCCGGUGAGACGAGACGUGGCACCGUUCGAAUAUUCUUUGGUCCGAAAACGAAUGAACUCGGACAAACGCUUCCGUUCCGUGAGCAGCGUCGUUUGAUGGUGGAGUUGGAUAAGUUUACGGUCACUCUUAACGCGGGAGCUAACACGAUCGUGCGACGUUCGGAUCAAUCCAGCGUUACGAUUCCGUACGAGCGAACGUUCCGAAAUGUGGCCGCUUCCUCGCUGACGCGUAACGAAGCGUUCCAGUUUUGUAACUGUGGCUGGCCGAACCAUAUGCUGCUUCCGAAGGGAUCACCGGACGGGUUGGAGUACGACUUUUUCGUGAUGGUUUCGGACUACACGCAGGACCGGGUGGAGGAUUUCGAUGAGAAUGUAAACUGCAACGAUGCUCACUCGUUCUGCGGAUUGCGCGAUCGACGCUACCCGGAUGCACGCAGCAUGGGCUAUCCGUUCGAUCGGUUCACGCCUGGCACGAUCGGGACGUUGCAGGAUUUUACCAAACCGUACGUCAACAUGCUCGUCACACCCGUGAAGAUACGCUUCACCAAUACGGUUAUUGCGCGUGCUUAAACAUCAGCCUUUUGUUUAAUUUUAUGAUUAUAUUCACGAUUGGAAACUUUUAAUAAAAUGUAUUUACAUGCAUCAGAGCAUAA